CUCCUUGUAACUCUAUUUUGACCUCAUUGAUCUUUCCUCCUUCUUCCUUCCCCCUAUUAUCCUCAACCACAUAUACGGCAUAAACUAGGUCCCUUAUUUAUUAAACCCAGGAAGGGCACCUCUUUCAUCAUGUCCCAUGUCCUGCCCAUCGCCUCGACCGCCCUCAUCCCUUUUACUACCCUCACUUCCUUCACCAUCUAUCUCACCACCCAUUCCUCCUCCCCCAUCAAGCGUAUUAUCCGUCAGCAAGACAUUGCUUUGCCAGUCCAUAAUGGGGAAGCUUUGGACGGCACUUUAGAUGACAAGGAUGCGUUUGACAUUGACGACCCUGUCGUCUGCGAAGAUGGAACUCCUGUAGAACCGCAGCAAUUUUGGAUUUCGAUGUGGAAGCGGAAGCUUGCUGUCAUUGGCUUGAUGAUCCCUCCUCUCAUAUGUAACGUCCUUCUUCUCAUUUUCAGUCUACUAGCUCCGUCAAAUGAUGUUGAGAACCGACAAAGAAAUAUCAUUCUUCCAGCAUUGCUUCUUCCUUCACAAGCUGUUACGUUGCUUGUCGGCUUCUGGCAUUUAUCUCAAAAUGAAGUUUCAUCACAUUGGCCAACAACAAUACAUAAUGCCAUUGAUAUCUUCACUCAGUUUAUCAUCCUCGCCUUCUUGGCUCUUCUGCCAUCUAGCCCCUUACCGUCGUCGCCUGCAUCACCCGAGGUGUUCGGAGCAGCACUUCCCAAUACAUACAGUUCUUCACUGGCUUUCAUGAAAGCUCUUCUACCAGUCUUAUACUUGCCUCCCCUGGUAGCGAUUCUUUCGGUACGACGAGGUCCUCCCCUUUAUCUACCUUUUGACGCCAUCUAUCCCUCCAAAAUCGUCAGUUCAGUCCCUCCUGACGCUCAGUCUCUCGAUCCUCAAAAAGCCAAUGUCAGUCCGGAAGUGCAAGCAACCAUUCCCGAAUGGCUUUUAUUUGGUUAUGCGACCGAUGUAAUUCGCAAGGGAUAUGUUUCAGAAAGUUUGGAUGUAUGGGAUUUACCUAUUUUACCGAGGACACUCCGGGCUUUAUAUCAAUAUAAAAGAAUGAAGCGGGCCUACGGGAAGACCAAAGGACGUCGUGGACGAAUGGAAGGUUUCAAUCUUCUGCUCACUGUCGCCCGGGUUAACUCUGGACUUCUUUGGGCUCAAACGUUGCUUGCAGCGGCGACCGCUUUUGGGUAUUAUCUUCCUCACUAUCUUCUGAAACUGUUCAUCAACUUUUUGGAAAACGAUCCUGCGCGGGCUGAGCCCGCUUGGGGCUGGCUCCUGUGCUUCGGCCUUUUCACCUCCAAUGCCCUCAUUUUUAUAGCCUCUGGAGUCACAUGGUCCAUUUGCACAACUUAUCUCCAGGGAAAAAUCCGGCUUCAACUCAAUACUAUGUUGUUCAAGAAAACUUUGUUGAAGAAGGACAUUGCUGCGAGUAGUGGUGAUAAAGGGCAAGUGGGUGGAGUGCAAGAAGAAGCGGCCAAGGAUAAGAAGAAAAAGGAGGAAAAUGGAGAGAGUAAUGCAGAGGAUGAAGAGACCGUUACCUCAAAGACGCAAAUUAUGACUCUGUUCACCGUCGACGUUGACAGGGUCACUGAAUUCGUUUUCCAUCGUAUGUUGGUCUGUUACUGUGUCUGGCCAAUCCCAAUUGCUGAUAAUCUUAUCCUAGUCUUCGCUGUUAUUGAUGCGCCUCUCGAAAUUGUCGUCGCGAGUGUCUUUGUCUUCAAGUUGUUGGACAUUUCGGCUAUGUAUGGUUUGCUUACAGCCAUUCUCUCUCUUCCUUUGAACCAUCUCGCAUCCAAGAUUGUUGUUAGAGCUCAGGAAAACCUCAUGAAGACACGAGACCAGAGAACAGCCCUGAUGAACGAAAUUCUUCAAGGUAUCAGGAUGCUCAAGUUCAUGGCCUGGGAACGAUCUUUUGAAAGCCGGGUUCAAACAAUCAGACGAAACGAACUUUCUUGGCAAGCAAGAAACUACCAAAUCGAAGUAGCGUUCAACUGUAUUUGGGCUUUGACGCCAGUGGUGGUCACUGUUGUCUCAUUCUUGCACUAUACUCUUGUGAGGGGCCAACAGCUUACACCAUCUGUUGCCUUUACUUCAGUAGCUGUCUUUGCCGAAUUGAGCCCGGAAACUUUUAUACAAGCCUUACAAGGUUUCGUUUCUUGUCGACGCAUUGAAAAGUAUCUAUGCCUUGACGAGGUCGCUGCCAUUGAAGAAAACGAUGGCGAAGGUGAUAUUGUGCUUUCCUCCGCAACCUUCACUUGGCCUCGGGAUGAAACUGCUUUUGAGAAUGGACUCGUCAUCGACGCGGUUUCUAAUGCGGCUACUCCCAAGACUGCAUUCACUCUUGCUGAUCUUAAUCUUCGAUUUCCUAAGGGCAAGCUAUCACUGAUCUGCGGAAGGCUAGGGUCCGGGAAGUCUCUUCUUUUGGCAGGUCUUCUUGGUGAGGCAGAUCUCCUUACUGGACACGUCGUUUGCCCUCGCUCUGCACCCGAUGCGAUGAGUAAGGGAUCGGCAAAUCCAUCAGAAGAUCUCUGGAUUGUACCGAACAUGGUCGCCUAUGUGCCCCAGCAAGCAUGGCUUCAAAAUGCGUCGAUCAAGGAAAAUAUUAUCUUCUCAUCACCUUGGGAUGCAGAGAGAUACCAGCAGGUAAUUGAAGCAUGUUCUCUGCUGAAUGACCUGGAUAUUCUUGAAGACGGAGACGAGACCGAAGUAGGGGAGAAAGGCCUCAACCUCAGUGGUGGUCAAAAAGCACGAGUAUCACUCGCCCGAGCCAUAUACAGUCGGGCAGGUGUACUUUUCCUUGACGACGUACUUAGCGCCGUCGAUGCCCAUACAGCUCACGCAAUUAUGACCAACUGUUUACAAGGCCCCAUCGUAGAGGGUCGGACAAUACUUAUCGUGUCUCAUCACACAGCUCUUGUUUCCCCAGCCGCCGCCUAUAUAGUGGCCCUGGAAAAUGUAGGUUCCGGUUUUUCCUUCACUACCGUGGUCAUUUUUCUGACUAAGCGAUGUCAGGGCGACGUCAAAUUUUCUGGUACUAGGGAAGAGUUUGUGGCCUCGAAUCUGAGUGAUGAACUGGAUGAGGAAGAUGCCCAAGCAAGGCCCACUGAUUCUGAACAAAAGGAGGAGAAGACAGUUGAAGAAAACUCUAUUCAACUCACAAAUAAAAGCGUUCUUAAUCUUAGCGGUGCAUGCGCUGAGAGUGCAGCGCCAGACUCUGAAACUAGCUCUCUUGCUCCUGAGGAUGACAAAACCAUAGUUAACUCAAAGCAAAAAACUCCCCGGAAGCUCAUUGAAGACGAAAAGCGCGCACGAGGCAGGAUAACCUGGACAGUUUGGAAAACAUACUUCAGUGCUCUCGGUGGGCCUAUAUGGUGGUCAUUGUUUAUUUUGUCCCUGGGGAUGGCAAUGCUUGUUCCGGUAGCGGAGAAGGGAUGGCUAGGAUACUGGACUGGGUCAAGUUUAUCUUCUUCAGAGGGUGGUCAUACCACCCGUUAUUAUGUUAUGGGGUAUUCUGUGAUCACAAUCGCAGGGGUAUUUGCCUCCAACUUGCAGUACUGCAUAAUAUAUUUCGGCUCGCUUCAAGCCAGCAGAAGACUUCAUAAUUCUAUGCUGAAAUCAGUUUUGUUUUCAACUCUGCGCUUCCAUGACACAACAAGCCGAGGACGGCUACUUAAUCGUUUUGGUAAAGAUAUCGAAGGGCUUGACUCCAGUACAGCAGACAAUUUUGUGCGUAGUGCGGCAUACGGCCUCAAUGUCGUAGUCACAUUCAUUUCCAUCACUUAUGUGGGCGGUCUCCCUUUUGUCAUUGCUGGAUGUGUUGUAUUGAUUGUCUACUAUCAAGCCGGGUCAAUUUACGGGCAAACUUCACGGGAUAUGCGGCGCUUAGACUCCGUGACCCGAUCGCCUUUGUACUCGCUAUUUGGAGAGACUGUCUCUGGUGUUGCUGUUCUUCGUGCAUUCGGUGCUAGUAACAUGGCUUUGAAAAAUAUGAUGAAACUCGCGGACACGAAUCUUCUUGCUUUUGCCUGGUCUUGGACUGUUAAUCGCUGGUUGUCGGCGCGUUUCAAUCUUCUAAGCGCGGUUUUGGUUGGUUUGACUGCAGUUGCCGUCCUUAUCGCUCCAAAUGUUGAUGCGGCCAUGGGCGGCUUUGCUCUGGCAUUUGCGGGGACUAUAUGUCAUGAUUUGCUUUUUGUUGUUAGGCGUUUCGUCCAGCUGGAGCAAAGUAUGGUGGCGAUUGAACGCUUGAAAGAGUUUACCGAGCUUCAACAAGAAGCGCCGGAAUAUAUAGAACCUAGGCCUGCCGCUUCCUGGCCUGAACAUGGAUCUAUUAAAGUCGAAAACCUCGUCGUUAAGUACGCUCCUGACCUUCCUAGCGUCCUCCAUAAUAUUUCUUUUGAAGUGUCUCCUCGACAGAAGAUUGGCAUUGUUGGUGCUACCGGUUGUGGCAAGUCCACAUUGGCUCUGAGCUUCUUCCGUUUUGUUGAGGCGGCGGAAGGUCGCAUUGAGAUUGAUGGGGUAGACAUAUCAAAAAUUGGAUUGACUGAUUUGCGAAGUCGAAUGACCAUUAUACCUCAAGACCCAACAAUUCUGUCGGGGACACUACGCUCAACUCUCGAUGUCUUUGACGAAUAUGACGAUGUCGAUAUAUACGCCGCACUCAGGAGAGUGCAUUUGAUCAAGGAUGAAAACCCAGUGACUUCUCUGGAUGAGCAAAAUGACGUGGAAAACAGGAAUAAAAAUGUAUUUGAGGACCUCUCGAAUCCAGUCAGCGAAGGAGGGGACAACUUCUCAAGCGGUGAAAAGCAGCUCAUUUGCAUGGCUCGCGCAAUACUCAAAAGAAACAAAAUAUUAUUCAUGGACGAAGCGACUGCAUCGAUCGAUUAUGAAACAGAUGCAUUAAUCUCUAAGACAAUCAGAGAAGAGUUUUCGGAUUCGACCAUCGUGACAAUCGCUCAUCGCAUUCAUACCAUAAUCGAUUUUGACAAAGUAUUAGUCAUGGAUCGAGGUAACAUUGCUGAAUUCGCCAGCCCAGCGGAUCUUUUACGGGACCACAAGUCUAGGUUUUAUAGUCUGUGCAAGGCUACUGGCCGGACAGAGUUCAAGAACCUCAAAGAGAUGGCUUUGGAAGCGGAGCGUAAACGGAAAUCGGUUUGAGUUUUAUUUUACACCGCAUUGGAAUUAUCAGGUGUAUGCAUCUCGUAUGCAACACAAAUUGACGCCGAGUAUCUCUCAACUGCUGCUUCCAAUG